AAACGCGUUAAUAAGCUUUCAGUCUAACAUAGAGGCAGCGUUUGAGCCACGCUCGUUAUAGCCAGCCGGUUAACGGAAAAUGUUGUAUAUAAAGUUGUUGUACACCCGUACGGCGGGUUUAGUUCCUCACCUAACGUAAACGCAACUAGUCACAACCAAAGUGAAUGGUACUUACACGGUAAACACGAGCGACCAGCCGAUGGAGACAAUUCGUGUUGGCGAAUUACAAAGAAUAAUUUAAACUAAAUUAAUUCAAAUACAGUAACAAACAAGAUUAGCAAUAUUGUCGAACGAACCAGAAAUCGAAAACGCGCGGUUUUUUUAUAAAAUAAGCGGCUUGCGGACCAUUAGCCAUUUACGUUGACGGUUGUUGGCAUUAAAUAAUUGUAGCUGAAGAGCGCAAAAAGAACAAACAGCCACAGAGAAAAUUAGCUUAUAAAAAUGGUUAUGCCGAGUGUAAAGUUGAGCUUGUUUGUAUAAAAAACUUAAAACAGGUUGCUCAUAAACUGAAAAUUCAUAUUACGAACGUGAACGCGAGCGAGUACCAGCAGAAAAAAUCAAUAGCGCGCCAACAGCUCGAACGAAACGACGCGAAAAACGACAUUCCAUUGAAAGGGAAAACAGUUAAUAGUUAAAUACUUACAACAGCAUUGAAAGACCCGUUUAAAAGCGACCACAAUGAUAUCAAGACAUGUCUCGGUUUGUUACUCGCUAACUUGCGCGUUCCUCGCAUUUCUAGUCUGUGCCUGCGCACCUGUUAGGGCAGCGCCAACGGGUGAACCCGAUACAGCUGCGCAAGGAUCUGCAGCCACUUUGGAAGUCAGCAGAAUUAGAUAUGAUCUUGCCAACACAAUACCUAUUGGAUUUGCUGCAGCAAAUGCCCAGUCAUAUGUCAGCACUGACGUCGACACCGAAGCUGAGGUUGCGCCCACAUCACUGCCCAUGACUAACGAGGAAAUGGCUUUAGCCGAAGUGGCAGCGGUUGUGGCAGAGUUGGCAACAACAGCAGCUGCUGAGUUGAAGGUCAGAGAUCAAGGUGAAGAUGUGGCGAAGGAGCAAUUGGGUAAUAGUAGGAGCGUUAAAGCAGAUAGACAGGAAGUCAACGCGCCUGAACUUGCCAACGUGGUUGAGGCAUUGGAUGGUGUGACAGUUAAUAAUGACGAUUUUAUUACUGCAACAACAUUUAGGACGAAUUUGCCUCAUCAAAUCAAUACGACGCCAAUAACUACAACCAUAUCACCAUCUGCAGCACAUCCGAUAGCGCCGUCGACAGCAACUGAAAGCCCGGCAAUUUUGGAUGAAUUGGUGCGAGCAGCUGUAGCGGCAAAUGAGAUUUUGGCAGCAGCUUUAAACGUCGCAACAAUGGCAGUCACAAAUAUUAACGCCACAGUGGCUACCACCACUACGCAGGGAGCACCUAACCUAGCAACCACAUUGCAACCAGAAGCGGCCUCAAGCACCACAGCUGUUGCUGAUCAGGCGCAAAUGAGUGACAGCGAAAUAUUGCCGGAGCCUACCGCAUGGCAACCUAACGAAAUUGAAAAAUUAUCAACAACGACAAUUGCCGAAGUUACUACUGCAAUACCAGAUUAUACAACUACGUCGGCAGCUGUGGCGGAUAAGCCAACGGACAACGCAAGUGUUUCAAUAGAGGUCAACGACGACACAUUUUUUGUUAAAGAAUUAGAAACAACACCAAUUGACAUUCAGGAAACAACAAUCGCAUCGAAAGAAAAGUCGGCAGCUGCAGAAACUACAGAUUUUUCAAAAGUAGGCGGAUUAACGAAUUCUGAUGAAGAUCCAAAGCGUACUUUAGCCGAUGCAGACAAUGAAGUUUCUGAAUCAAUGAGAAUUGAAAAAUCAAAAGAAUCUCAGGAAACAUUGUCUUCACCUCCGCCAAAUAGGGAUAAUGAUUUGGAAAAUUCAACAUCAGACGCUGAAAAUCUCGUAAUAAAUACCAUCGGUAACAUCAUGACACAAACAGAGCCUGUCGCAGAAUCAGCAACUGAUGUAGUCCCAGUAACUACAGAAAAUCUGAAUGAAACUGCGGAAAUUGAAGAAUUAAAAUUUGAAGAAGAUAAGAUAGAGCAAAAAGGUGAAGGUGAUGAAAAUAUGACAACGACAACUGAAUCGCUAGAAACUCUUAUUGCCGUGGAAAGCGAAGCACGCGUACCAAGCAAAAGUGUUUUGAUUUCUGAAAAAGACGCGUUAGAGGAAACCACAACUACAACCCCCCAACAGACAACAAUUAUGUUCGAAUCAAUUAUGGCAACAAACGAAGCAACAACUACUACAACAGCAGCUACAACUGAAAAAGAUCUUUUAACACAGACUACAACAAUUGAAGCAACUACUAAUACAACAGUAGCACCAACAAUAUUAAUUACUACAACUGGAGCGCAGGAAGGAAACAUAGCAACUACCGAAUCUGCUGACAUUAAAACAGACGGCCCUUCAGCUUCCGAACAAAGUGAGAAGUUGGAGGAAGCUAUAGUGGAAACAACAACACCAACUAGUCCAACAGAUGUCUCAAACAUCAUAACAGAGGCAUCCGAUGAGAAUCAAAUAGUUGCAAUAACAACAUCAAAGCUUCCUGCGGCAGAAGCAACAACCAUUUUUGAGGAAGAGUUGUCAACAUCACCACUUGCACUGACAGAAAACUAUAAAGAAACAGCGGAUAUAGAGACAUCGACAAAUUCCAUUGAAGAACCAAUAACAGUAACUAGAAUACCUUUUAUAGAAAACACUUAUAUACAAAGUACAGAAUCAAUUCCUACUACUACUGAACCACUCUCAACGGAAUCUUCACGCAGUUCAACUGACGCACCUACGUUGCCCACAAUAACAACGCUGGCUACCGAAGAAAUCCAACACUUAGAAGUAAGUGCAAAUCAAGCUAAUUUCGAAGCGUUCCCCAAUGCUGCUCUGACGGAAGUUUCACCUCAAAUAACAACACAAAGAACAGAAGAUAUAACGACAACGACCCUGAGCACUAGUCCAGAAACAACAACUACAAGUUCAGCUACCACCGCGCCAGAAAUUGAAGACACAAUUCUGGGCUUCACAAAAGUCGAUUCAACUGCUCAGAUAAGGGAACAAAUGCCAACAACUACUGAAGAAGUGCUUGGCACUACCAUAAUAACCACAGAAAAGACGACUAAAUCGGAGGACGCAGUUGAACCAGAAGCGAAGACAGACACAACAACAGUAGCUACAAUUGAAGAGCAGCCAUUCCAUAUGACCACUGAGAAAGAGGAUGACAGCGCGUUAACUACUACGAACACUAUUGUGGCAAGAGAAGAAAGUACAACAGAUGACGCAGAUGUAACAAGUUCAGCAGAAGCAUUAUCAACAACCACUCCAAUAACGGCAGAUAUCACAACCGUUAGCACACCUGAAGUAGAAGUAACAACAACUAUUUCAACCACUACACCCGAACCAGAUAUCACAACGACAACAACAACGACUACCUUGUCGCCAAUGAGUCUAAUUGUAGCGGAGCAUGAAGCGCGUUCCCUCGACAGGACGCCACCGCGCGUCAGUCGUAUUGUCAAUGAAGAUGGAGUGGAGGUAUUGACUGGCUACUCAAUAGUACAUCACAUGCAUGCAGCGGCAUUGGCGGCUUUGGCAGCGGAAGGCGCGUAAUCUCAAUCAAGCAGUAUGCUAAAGCAGGCAGCUGAUUGCGUGAGAGUCUAAAACAGAGCGCUUUGUUUAGCUACUGACCAACAAAAAAGUUCGAAAGGCAAAAGUAGAAAACAUACGCAAGGCUCAUUCACAUACACAUACAUAUGUAAAGGUAUACAAGCAUAUCUCUAGAUUGAUUAAUUAACAUAACAACAGCAAUAACAAACAACAAUCACAUUAUAUCCGCCUGUGGUGGAAUCUCUGGUAUGUCAUAGCAGUGCUAUUUUGUCACCGUGAGAUAUACAUAUGUACAUAUUGUAUAAAUAUAUAUAUAUAUAUAUAUAUAUAUAUA